UUUUUUUGGGGGGACUCUCCUGUAAAAAUAAAUAAAUAAAUCCACACCGACAGACGGCUGACUUUUAUUCAGAAUGCGUCCUUGAAUCCGCCGGAUUUCUGUGUUGUCCUUCUGAUUUAAAGAUCGGGUGUUUCUCUGGUGCUGGAGAGCUUCGCGUGCGCGACGAUAUCUAAUUUAUUUUCCAACAUGAUCGGACGAGUUCUCUUCCUUCUGACAAUCCUGUCCAACUGCGCUCUGGCUGCCCCAGUAGACUCAAAUCAGCUGGAGAAUGAAGACCUGAAGGUGACGAAAUGCAUUGUGGAGGCACUGACAGAUGUACUCUCCAGACCACACCCACUGCCCAUCAGUCAGGAGUGUCUGGUCAUAUUGAAGACAGAUAACCGGCUUGUUACGAUCCUCCGUCGUCAUAACUUUCUGAAAGAGUUGCAGGACAUCGCUGUCCAAGGUGACCAAGAGAGAACUGAGCUGCGUGACGACGCCGCUGCACCUGACCACGUGACGCAAACUCCUCAAACCACGAGCGACGCGAGCGAUCGAUCCAUGUUGGAGGCUUUGGGCGGUCUCGGAGAAAGAUCUGUUCUGUCCCAGAAGAGGAGGGCAGGAAAAGGAGAAGAGGAGAAGGAGGAGCGGAGGGGCGGCGGGGCAGCGCAGGAGAAAAGGGAAGAUGAGGAGAACCCAUGGAGGCACGAGUCUGGGGCGGCGGCCGAGUGGAGAGAGGACACAAAUGAGAAGAGGAAGACAAAAGAGCACGAAGAGAAGCGGGAAAACUCGGAGGGGAAUUCCGAGGAGGAGCAAGUGAUGAAGGAUGGAAAAGGUGUUGGAUUUGAGGAAAAAAGAGGCCCGCAGGGACGCCGACCUGACCCGAAAUCAGCCGAAGAAGACGAGGAGGAGAAAGAUGACAAGAGAUCUCCAUUCUUACCACAUGUAAAACAGGCAUCAGAGGAGGAGGAGGAGGAGGUGGGUAGUGAAGAGGCAGGUAGUCAGGAGAGCACGUGGACCAAGAGAGCCAAGGGACCGACAGCGCAGAAGAAAGCGAUCGGAAAGGAGGCGCAGCGGAAAAGGAGUCACUCCAAAGAGGUCCCAGAAGAAGAGGAGGAGGAGAAGAGGAAGAGAGGGGCGCAGAGGAGUCAAGAGGUGAAGGAGUUGCAGGUGAUGAUCCCGGAGGCGAAGCUGGGCUCCGAAGAAAACGGCAGCGGCAGCCAAAAGGAUGCUGAAACUUUGGCAGCCAUCGAAUCAGAGCUGGAAACUGUGGCCCAUAAACUCCACAUUCUGCAGCAGAGUGGCUGACACGCUGCCAUCCUGUCUCCUCUCAUCCUCCUCCGCUUCGACAGCUGCCUGGUUUCCAGAUCUCGUGAAUAUGUGACAAGUUUUAUCUUUCGAGGCAGCUUCUUCCACGCUGACGCAGUCUGCCAUGUGACAUCAUGCUCCUCACUAAUAUUAGCGUAGAUGCACAUUGCGGCUCGACCCUGAUACUAAAA